AUGGCUCCUCCUGCUAACAACCUUCUCAUUUCCUGCAUUCUCUUCUGCUGCUUAAUUGCAGUAUCUGAAGCUGAAGCCCAGCCCUCAUUCCGCCCAAAAGCACUGAUCCUCCCAGUUACCAAAGACCCAUCAACCCUCCAAUACCUCACCCAAAUCAAUCAACGAACCCCUCUCGUCCCAGUGAAGCUAGCCCUCGACCUCGGUGGCCAGUACCUCUGGGUCGACUGCGAACAAGGCUACGUCUCAUCGUCUUAUAAACCAGCCCCUUGCGGAUCGGCUCAAUGCUCCCUCGCCAACUCCAAAAGCUGCACCAUAGCGUGCUUACCAUCCCCCAGACCAGGCUGCAACAACAACACAUGUGGCCUGAUGCCCGAAAACACGGUGGUGACUCGAACCAGUCCCUCGGGCCAAUUUGGUCAGGACGUCGUCUCGAUCCAAUCAACCGAUGGGUCCAACCCAGGCAAAAUCGUCAAAGUUCCAAACUUUCUCUUCACUUGUGGCGCCACAUUCUUGUUAGAUGGACUUGCAAAGGGUGUCAAAGGCAUGGCUGGUCUAGGAAGGAACAAAAUCUCCAUGCCUUCUCGAUUCUCUGCAGCCUUCAGCUUCCACAGAAAAUUUGCAUUCUCCAACGUGGCCAAAAAUUUUGCCCUUUGCUUAAGCUCCUCGCCCAACAACAAUGGCGUCCUGAUCUUUGGAGAUGUGAGUUAUAAAUUUUUCCCAAACAUUUACUCCUCGGAUUCCUUCACUUUCACUCCAUUGAUUCUCAACCCUGUUAGCACGUCGAGCAUACAUAGGGACGGCGAGCCAUCGGCCGAUUACUUCAUCGGUGUCAAAUCGAUCAAGAUCGAUGACAAAGCAAUUCCACUGAACAAAACUCUGUUAUCAAUCAACAAACAAGGCUAUGGAGGGACCAAAAUUAGCACAACUUACUUCCCAUACACAGCUAUGCACACUUCAAUCUACGAUUCCUUGAUCAAGGAGUUCACGAAACGGAUGCAAUCACAGGGCGUGAAAAGGGUCGAAUCUGUGGCACCGUUUGAGGCAUGCUUCAAUUCUACCGGCAUUUUCGGCACCCGGGUCGGGCCGAGUGUGCCUGUGAUCAGCCUUGCUUUGAAGGACAGUAAGGUUGAUUGGAACAUGUUUGGAUCGAACUCCAUGGUUGAAGUGAAGAAGGGUGUGAUGUGCCUUGGGUUUGUGGAUGGAGGGUGGAGGUUUGUGGAUGGUGGGGUGAAUCCCAGGACUGCCAUUGUCAUUGGUGGGCAUCAGGUGGAGGAUAAUCUGCUGCAGUUUGAUCUUGCGGCUUCUAGACUUGGGUUCAGCUCUUCUUUGUUGUCUAGGCAGACUACCUGUUCCAAUUUUAACUUCACUUCCACUGCUUGA